CCCGCCGACCCAAUCCCUCCAGCGGCCGUUCACGGGAGGGCACCUACCGAGGGAGGAAUGAGAUGCGAGCGGGGAAAGUUGACGCGAUUUAGGCGGGCGUCGUUUUUCUGAUCGUCCGGCGGUGCGUGGAAGUUUGCUCCCCGCCAGCGGGGGGAGAGACAGCAGGCGGCGGUGAAAGAUGGCUUCUGGCGCCGGGAAGGCAGUGCUGAGCCCGGGGCAGGGCUCCUCCGUCAACGGGAAUGCGGCAGAGUUCCAGCACGUCGAGCAGGAGCAGCACGACUUCCAGAUGCACAACAAGAUGUGCAAGAAGAUCGCUCAGCUCACCAAGGUGAUUUAUUCCCUCAACAUGAAGAACGAGGAGCAGGAGGCGGCCCUGCAGGCCUUGAACCACACCCACGACCUGGAACUGCACCGCAUCCUGAUGGACACCUGUCACGAGGGGGAGGGGUCGGCGCUGAGGACGCGACUCCUCCAGCUGCAGGAGUCUCUGGACGAGCAGCAGAGGGUCGGAGCGCGGGUACAAGCGGACUUUGAGUGCUUCCGCAUGCAUUCAGAGGAGCGAGAGCGGGAGACGGAAGGCGAGCUGAGAAGAGAUUUUGAGAAGAGGCUCCAGGCUGCGGAGGAGGAGCUCCAGGAGGCCAAGUCCUGCAUCAGCGAGGCGCAGCAGGAGAACCAGCGACUGAGCCAAGAACUGAAAGAGGCCGGGGAGACCAUUGGAGAGCUGAGUGAUAAAUGCCAGAGGAGAGAUGGAGGCGAGGGCCAGGAGGAGCAGGAGGAGAAGGAGGAGGAGCAGAGGCUGAAGGCACUCCUGGAGGAGGUGGACACUCUGAAGCAGGAGAGGCAGCGGACGCAGGAGGAGGGCAGGAGAGGAGCGGAGGAGGAGAAGGAGCGAUGGGAGCAGAAGAUGAAGAAGCUGGAGGAGGAGAUGAGGAAGAAGAUGGAGGCUGAACGUGGUGAGGAUCAGCGCAGGUGGGAGGAGAAGGAGGAGGAGGAGAAGAAAGGCCUGCACAGUGCUCUGAGAGAGAGAGUCAAGAGAGCCGAGGCGGAAGCAGAGAGUCACCUGGAGAAGAUGGCCGACAACACCCGGAACACUCUCAAACUGCAGGAGCGCAUACAGAACCUGGAGGAGGAGCUGGAGCUGGACAGGAAGCGGGUGUCGGAGGCGGAGGGCGUGGCCAAGCGGGCGGAGGAGGAGCUGGCGGUGGCCAAAGAGCGGCUGCUGCUGCAAGAAGACGAGCUGCAGACGAGAGCAGAGGAGCUGCUGAGCGUGGGCUGCCAGGCGUGUGCGUGCGCUGACGUGGACGAGCUGAAGAACCAAGUGAGUCGCCUGCAGAGCAGGAACAGAGAGUUGGAGCUGCAGAGCAGCGGCAGGAACAACGACCACGCCCGACAGAUCCGCCAGCACGCCGAGGCCUUGUCCAGCCAGCGCUCAGAGAUGGUGCGAGCCCAGACCGAAGAGCUGCGCCGCAUCCAGAAGCACGCGGACGAGGAGAGGGACAAACUGCAGCGAGAGAUGGAGCAGGAGCGAGAGAAGCUGCAGAAGGAGAGAGAGCAGGAGAAGAACCACCUGGACAAGGAGAGGAACCGACUGAGGAGGGAGAAGGAGGAGGAGAAGGAGGCGCUGAGGAAAGGAGCCGAGGAGGUGAGGGAGCACCUGAGGAGGGAGAAGGAGGAGGAGGCGGAGCUUCUCCGCAAGGAACUGGAGGUGGAGCGCGUGCGGGUGCGUGCCCAGCUGGACAAGCGGCUGGAGCAGGUGGAGGUGCAGCUGGAGGAGGAGAAGAGGAGGCUGAUGGAGAAGGCGGAGGAGGACAGGAAGAGGCUGAAGGAGCAGGUGCGCAAGGCCAUCGAGGAGGUGAUGAGGAGACACGCCGCAGAGAUCAACAACACCCAGGAGGCUCUGAGCUCCGAGAAGAAGACCAACCAGGAGGUGUGUGCACACCUGGAAGAGGAGCGCAGAAGAAGCAGUGAGAUCCAAGACCGGCUGGAGAGAGAGAGAGACCAGUUCCACACUAAGAUCAAAGACGCCAACAAUGAGAUCUUCCGCCUGAAGACUGCCAUCCAACAACAACAACAACAGCAACAUCAAGAGGAUAAAUCAGCAUUGGAGGCGGCUCCUCACUGUGGAUCGCACUGCUCCCGCCUGCAGGACGAGCUGAGUCAUGUGACUGCCAUGCAGGAGGAGGCGGAGAAGCAGCGGGAAAGACAGCAGCGGGACAUCACGUCGCUCAGGGCGGACAAACAUCGUCUGGAGGAGAAAGUUCUGGAACAUAGCCGGCUGACGACGGAGAGGAACCUUCUGGAGCAGAGUCAGCGGAACACGGACGACCGCAUCAGGGCCGAGUGCGAGGACCGCCUCAGGGCGGAGUUUCGCAUCGAGAUGAACGCCGCCGUGGCCGAGAGCGAGCAGCGCUGGCAGAACCAGGAGCAGGACCUGCAGGCUCAGAUCGCCCAGAUGCAGGCCGAAAGACAGAAGACAGAAGACCACUCCCACAGCAUCCUGGAGAUGGACAAGAUGAAGAAGGAGGUCCAGGAGAUGCGGGACAUCAACAAGCAGCUGAGGGAGCGGCUGCAGGAACCUCAGAGUCAGAGUCAGAGUCAGGCUGAGGAGCGUCACAGUCUGCAGAUGACAGUGUUGGAGAGGCAAGCCAAGGAGGACCUUUUGUCUGAGAGGAACCGACUGCAGACCAUGCACCACCUGGAGUUAGACAAGCAGCGAGCGGAGUUGACCCAGCAGCACACGGAGUGGAGCCGGCAGAUGACCCAGAGACACAUGCAGCAGAUUGAGGACCUGCAGGCACAACUGCAGGCACACACGCAGAUGAUGGCCCUGCAGCAGGACCUGAAGCAGCAAAACCAGAACCAAGUGUUUGAGAGGCAGCUGGAUGAGAGUCGCUGUGCCAUGUUGGAACUGCAGAGAGAGAACACAACACUCAAGAAGCAAUUACAGGAGAAGGGUAUUCCCAUCCAUCCUUCUCCUUACAGGUCCUCUCACACCAACCACAGGGCGGAGGAGAAGGAGGAGGACAACGCUGACUCGCCAAAGAGCCGAGACGCCCGCCUGGAGGAAGAAGCCCGGCGGCUGAAGGAGGAGGUGGAGAAGCUGAGGGUGGAGAUGGAGAAGCUGGAGGAGUCCCAGAAAGUGUGGGAGGAGCGGAAAGAGGAGGAGGAGGAGAAGGAGCGGGAGGAGGAGGAGAAGGAGAAGAAGGUGGAGGAGCCAGCGAGCGAGGAGGCGGAGGAGAAGAGGAGAAAAGAUGUGGAGGAGAUGAGGAAGGAGCACAAGAAGGAGAUCCAGAACCUGCAGGGAGAAUACAGCAGUGCUCAGAUGCACCUGCAGGCCCGCAUUGUGGCUCUGGAGAACGAGCUGCGUGAGCGGGAGGAGCGAUGCAGGAGGAGAGAACCUCCGAGUGAAGACCUCCAGCUGGGUAAACUCCAGGAGAGACUGGCAGAGAGAGAUCAACUCAUCAAACGCUUAGUGGAAGAACGGCAUCAGCUGCAGCUCCACCCCCCUGUCGUCGGGGACAACGGCAGCCCCAGGCUCCGGGACAACAAGCCCCGCCCCGUUAGCACCACGCCAACUAUGAGGAGGAAGCAUACAGAGCGUGGAAGUAGCAUCUCCUGCUCGGGUGCCUACGAGCGCCUCCCUCCCUACUCCUCGGCGUCUUCCACCCUGCCUCACCAGUCCAGCUGCCACGUCUCCCCCCACUACUCCACCUCCUCCCUUCCACACAAGCACACCUCCCCCUCCCUCCCCCGCUCCCCGAGAUCCCGGACCUCCUGCGUCCCCCCGACGCCGGCGCCCACCGCCCCGCUGCCCGUCUGCCCCCCUCCACACACGGGCAUCCGCUACGUGUCGCCCUCCUGCCAGGAGCCAUAUGCGCACCCACAAGCGCAAACUAUAAGGGGGCCUUACGUGGAGCAGAGAGGGACGGCGGGGCUAAAGCAGGAGUGGUUUACUAAAUACUUCUCCUUCUGAGCAUAACUCUUCAACAGUUCAUUGCUUCUGCGACACACGAGGACGCUGUGUGCUCUCCACAUACACACAAACACUCGUCUGGGAACUCCACCGAUUUUUCACAAGGACACAUCCAAAUGGAUUGUGGCGACGGGAAGUGACCACACAAUGCUAUCAGAUCUCUGCUCAAAAGGGAAGAGACGCUCCAGUUGCAUUGUUGGUAAUGUAGUACUUUGACAUAAGCUUGCAUGGAUUUACUGUAUGUUUCUGGUUGUGUUGCACUGAUUUUGUGGAGCAUUGCAAAUCGGUGGAGUUUUCCCAGAAAAGACCCGUGGGCUCAUCACCAGCAAGGCCAUCUCCAACAUUGCCUCAAAGCUCAACCAAAAAGUGCUUCUCAAGAAAACAAAAAAGUGACAGAAAAAGAAACAUCCGUGACCUCUUCUGGGCCUGGUGGAUCUUGUUUGUGUAGUUUGAAAUGUCUCCGUAUGUGUUUGGUUUUUUUCUAAGGCAGUCUUCCUUUUUAAGUUUGCUUCAAUAUUAUCACAUGAUUAUUGAAAGCAAAUAUUUCCACGUCUUCAACUAUGGAGGCAUUCCACGUAUCCAAUCAAGAUCCGCAUCGAUAUCACACACACACACAUGCACACACACUUCUCACCAUACCAAAAUGAAGCUUGUUUUGAUGCAAAAAUGUAUGAUAGUCUUA